AUGACGGCCGACGACCAGCAUUUUCUGGAUGUGCUGUCUGAGUAUUCACAAGACAUCCGGAAAUUUACGGGCAACAUUUUUGACGCCUCGGACCGGCAUUUCCAAAGCGUCGCCGGGUACAUAAAACGAUCCGUCCCUAAAGGCUGGCUACCUGAACAUGCUCGCCCGCCCCCUCCGCCCCCGCGCGUAGUCUCCGGCGCCUACCUACAUCGUCUGCAAGAUUGGGUUUCGCGGAAUCGCGCGCUUACGGCCGCACUUGUAGCGUUCUUGGCCACGGGCGGAGUUCUUUUAUGGCGGGAAAGGAACAAAUCUAGGAAGAAACGGAGGGCACGGCGCGCAAGCAAUGGCGCACGGAAAGAAGUCAUCGUCCUUGCUGGUCCGCCCAACUCGCCCAUAAUAAAAUCGCUCUCGCUCGACCUCGAACGACGCGGAUUCAUCGUAUACAUUGUGUGCUCGGAUAUGGAAGAGGAGCAGCUGGUACACGGCGAAUCGAGAGCAGACGUGCGGCCACUGCAUCUUGAUGUCGCUGACGUCCUGGGCACCCAAGAGGCGAUGGAGCGCUUCAACGACCUGCUGCUCAAGCCCCAUGUCGCGUUCUCGGGCGCAUCACCACACAACCUACAUUUCCGGGGACUGGUCCUGGUCCCUGAUCUGAUCUACCCGUCGGGCCCCGUUGAAACGAUUGGGCCUGAAAUGUAUUCUGACGCACUGAACGCAAAGGUUCUAAACACCAUUGCCGUAACACAGGCGUUCCUUCCUACCAUCUGCGAGUUCAAAGCGCGCGUUUUGAUGUGCACCCCAAGCAUCGUGGCGUCAUUGCAGCCCCCGUUCCACAGCGUCGAAACCGCCGUUGUUAGCGCCCUGGAAGGGUUCACGGCGUCGCUGAGAGGCGAACUCGGCACGCUAGGCAUCGACGUGUGCCAGUUCAAGCUCGGGACGUUUGAAUGCUCCCGCAUUGGGAGCAGACAGCACCUGCAAACAACCGCUGGACCGAAUACGAUGGCGUGGCCAGCGACAACACGGAAACUGUACGCGUCGAACUUUGUGAAUCAGAGCCGCAUCGCGCAAAACAGAGGACUUCUCACUGCAAACAGCACUGGAAGCUCGUUGCGAGUGUUGCACGACGCUGUGUUUGAUGCGCUCACCCAAAGACGGCCACGUCGGGUAUGGCGCGUAGGACGUGGGAGCGUAACGUACGACAUUGUGGGCAACUGGAUACCCGCAGGCUUGGUCGGAUGGAUGAUGGGCGUAAAGCGAGUGUCGCUAGAGGAGGCAACAGCAGAGCCGCAGCUGGAAGAUGCUGCACAGUCUUGGGAGAAGAUUGAACAGGUCGUGUGA